AUGACAGGCCAAUCGUCGGCUUUCAAGAAGCCGGCGCUACUCUCCAGCGGACCUUUAGAUCCGUCUGAAGCACGCUGGAUCAGGCUUGUGAAGCGGACGUACACCGAUCCAAACGGCGUAACAAGAACAUGGGAAGCGGCAGAAAGACAAACUCGCUCGAGUUCCGCGAUCGAUGGCGUGGGUAUAGUUGCCAUUCUCUCUAAGCCGUCUGGUCCUGAGCUGUUGCUGCAAAAACAGUACCGGCCUCCUAUUGAUAUGGUCACCAUUGAGAUUCCGGCUGGUUUGGUUGAUCCAGGUGAGACAGCGGAGGAGUGCGCUGUCCGUGAACUGAAGGAAGAGACCGGGUAUGUUGGUGUCGUCCAGCAGAAGGGUCCUAUUUUAUACAAUGAUCCCGGAUUUUGCAACACAAAUAUGAACAUGGUUCACGUACGUGUUGACAUGUCAUUGCCUGAAAACCAGAACCCAAAGCCUAAGCUUGAGGAUGACGAGUUUAUUGAGAGUUUCAGCAUCCCUCUUGCCAAACUCUUCGAGGAAACGAAAAGACUGGAGCAAGAAGAAGGGUAUGCUAUUGACGCGCACGUUGGAACCUUGGCAGAGGGAAUAGAGAUGGCGCGGCAAUGGGGAAUUGUCGGGUAG